CGUGACCCGCGAACGGGCGAUGUUGAUGGGUUACUUCCAUUUUUCUGCUUCGUUGCAAACGAUGGUGUUGUUUAUUGCAGAGCGUUGUUGUAGGAUCGAGUAACUGUCCCUUGUUCAUGUCCAUCUCCGUGUUCUUUCUUUCUCCUUUCCGGUUGUUGCUGGUGAUCACCUCUGUGUGCUUUACCGUGCCAAUCUGCAAUAAGCAAGCAGAGAAUUUUCGAAUUGGCCGAUCUUGAAGUCCACCGUUGUGUCAUGCCGCUGCUUUCUGAAACCCAAUUUUGAUAUGCCGAUGACGCUGAGAACUUGUUUACUUCACCUUGGAAUGUGGCCUGGUAAUGGAAUCCCAUUCCAACUCAUGUUUGGUCGGAUUCAUCAACAUGGACUAAAAUCACCCGAGAAUUGGAUUCCCUUGAAAAUGCGAAAUUUGACUGUUCGGGUAGAGCUGAUAUGGUGAUUCGGGGGAGAAAAAAAUAGCUUGCGAAUUAUACCCACUCGUGAAGUGAGCCACUGUCGUAAUCAUUAAGCACAUAAGACAUGGCAAGCAUUGAGCAUCCCAAGAGAAGAGUGGCAUUCGUGCUGAUUGAUGGUGUGGGCGAUGUGUCUUUGCCAAGGUUUGGGUACAAGACUCCUCUCCAAGCAGCUAAAGCGCCUUAUUUGGAUGCUAUUGCAUCCGCUGGUGUGAAUGGGCUCAUGGAUCCUGUUGAAGUAGGAUUGGGUUGUGGAAGUGAUACCGCUCAUCUUUCCUUGUUGGGUUAUGACCCAAGAGUGUAUUACCGAGGCCGUGGCGCAUUCGAGUCCAUGGGUGCGGGAUUAGCGAUGUCACCGGGUGAUAUUGCAUUUAAGUCGAAUUUUGCAACCUUGGAUGAGAAAACUGGAAUAGUCAUCAGUAGGAGGGCUGACAGACAUUUUGAAGAAGAAGGGCCCAUUCUUUGUGCUGCACUGGAUGGGAUGAAGCUCCCAUCUUUUCCCGAGUAUGAAGUCAGAGUCAAGUAUGCAACUGAACACAGGUGUGGGGUGGUUGUAAAGGGUCCAAGGUUAAGUGGAAAUAUAUCUGGGACUGAUCCAUUGAAGGACAAUCGCUUACUUUUGCAAGUUAAGCCUUUAGAUGAAACUGAAGAAGCAAGGCAUACUGCUGCUGUUGUUAAUGAGUUAUCCAAGGAAAUUUCUCGAAUUCUAGUUUCUCAUCCAUUGAAUGCAAAAAGAGCGGCAGAAGGGAAAAACAUUGCAAAUGUUGUCCUGCUUAGAGGUUGUGGGAUAAGAAUUGAGGUUCUUCCAUUUGUUAAGAAACAUGGUUUGUGGCCAUGCAUGGUAGCUCCCACAAAAAUCAUAGCUGGUCUAGGCCUAUCACUUGAUAUUGAUAUCCUACAAGCUCCGGGAGCAACUGGAGAUUAUCGGACGCUUUUGACAUCCAAAGUAUCUGCAAUAGCUAGUGCACUCUCAGCUCCUAUGCAUGCUUGUCCAAAAGUUUUCGUACCAGGGGAGGACGUGGACAAACCAGGUCGACCGAGUGGCUAUGAUUUUGGUUUCCUCCAUAUUAAGGCUAUAGAUGAUGCUGGCCAUGACAAGGCAAGCGUUUUCAAAUUAAAGGGAUUGGAAUCUGUGGACCGAGCUAUUGGGCAACUAGCCAAACUACUUUGGCAAGCGGAAUCAACUGGGAAAUUUCAGUACGCUCUUUGCGUGACUGGGGAUCACUCUACACCAGUCGAAUAUGGAGAUCACAGCUUUGAACCUGUUCCAUUUGCGAUAUGUUGGUUGAAGGACCUUGUCGGUGCUGUAGGUGGUGACUCAGUUCUUGCCGAAACUUCUCUUGAUCCCUUUCCCCUUCCUACCGUUAAGAGUGGAGAAGACUCGGAAGAAGAUGUGGUUAUGCAAAAAGAGGGAGGGACCAAUCAAUUACGAGCCUUUAACGGUGACUCUGUCUACGAGUUUGAUGAGAUUGCGGCGGCUAGGGGAUGUCUUGGGCGUUUUCCAGGAGGAGAGAUGAUGGGGAUAGUGAAGUCAUUUCUGACACUGAAUGCUUAACUUUCAGUUUUUGAUUGAGGAAUAACACGGCCUUCUAGGCCGCUGUAUCCAAUUAAAAUAUAUUGACAGGCCGAUCUUGAUCUGGGGAUUCUUUUAAACAUCAACUGAAGCCUUUAUCUUCUGUUCUUUAUUGAAGAGCUUGCAAUGUGUAAAAACCGUGGUGACUUCCCAUUGUCUAGACUUCCUUUCAAUAAUACCUACUUUUGCCACAUUUUAAUUGACCACUUCCACUUGAUGGGAAAAUUCUUCCUUGGGGCAUCUGAUAUAUUACCACUGAAGUGUAAUUUCUGAAA